AUGAUAAAUGAUUAUUAUCGACCAUCAUUACUUAUAAUUGACAGGUUAGUAUCGGUCAUCUCUCGAAUCAUUCAAGCGGGGAAAGUUGGAAAAAACCAAUAUGAGGCUGCAGGUGUAGGGUG